AUGGCUUGGGCCUCCAGCUUUGAUGCAUUCUUUAAGAAUUUUAAGCGGGAAAACAAAAUCCUCUCUGAGGAAACUGCCAUCCUGAUUAAACACUACGUUAAGGAAAAUAAUCUCCAGAAAGCAAUUUCUGUAAUCCACAAUGCACUGAGAGACAUCGAGAAUGCCCCCCUGAACAUUGCUGUGACAGGGGAGACAGGGGCAGGGAAGUCCUCAUUCAUCAAUGCCAUCAGGGGGUUGGGGCAAGAAGAAGAAGGUGCAGCCCCCACUGGAUCGAUAGAGAAGACCAUGAAGAGAACUCCAUACCCACACCCAAAGCUUCCCAAGGUGACAAUAUGGGACCUGCCUGGCAUUGGGUCCACUAACUUCCCACCACAAAACUACCUAAGGGAAAUGAAGUUUGCUGAGUAUGACUUCUUCAUUAUCGUCUCUGCUACACGCUUCAAAGAAAAUGAUGCACAACUAGCCAAAGCCAUAGAAAAGAUGAAGAUGAAUUUCUACUUUGUCCGAACCAAAACAGAUAAUGACUUAUAUAAUGAAAAGAAGAGUAAACCUAAGACUUUCAAUAAGGAGACUAUCCUGAGGAACAUCCGAGAAGACUGUUCAAAACAUCUCUGCCAUGCUCUCUCCAGUGAACCUCAAAUCUUCUUAGUCUGUAACUUUGAUGUUUCUGAUUUUGACUUCCCAAACCUGGAGACUACCCUACUGAGUGAGCUACCAGCCCACAAGCGCCAUGUCUUCGCACUGUCUUUGCAGAGUGUAAAUGAGGACAUCAUUAAGGUCAAGAGAGAUUCCCUGAAGCAGAGAGUCUUACUGGAGGCCGUGAUAGCUGGAACAUUGGCCACCAUUCCACUUGGUGGCAUGAUCAGUGAUGAUAUAGAGAAUCUGGAUGAAACAUUCAAUCGCUACAGGUCUUACUUUGGGCUGGAUGAUGCCUCAUUGGAAAAGAUAGCUGAAGAUUUUAACAUUUCUGUGAAUGAAUUCAAGGUGCACCUUCGGUUUCCCCAUUUGUUUGCAGAAGGCAAGGAUGAGUCCUUAGAAUACAAAUUAGUGAAAUAUAUCGAACACGUUUCCUCCAUUACUGGUGGACCAGUUGCUACUGGCAUGUACUUUGGUAAGACUUACUAUUUGCAGAAUCUCUUUCUGGACACUGCUGCAAAUGACGCCAUAGCUCUUCUUAAUAAGGAAGCUCUUUUUGAAAAGAAGGUGGGACCAUAUAUAUCUAAGCCCCCCGAUUACUGGGAAUGA